AUGACUGACGGCAGUGCGUCGGGCAGUAACAGCCGAUCGAGUCAAUUCGGUGGUAAUGUGCCUCGACGUUUGUCAUAUGCUUCUGUAGCCUCAGGCGCAACUGCUCAAGCCCACCCAGCUCGAUCCGGUGCGUUUUCCCAUCUCGUGUCAACGAUUCCUAGCGACCUGAGCCCUCCUAUGUACCAACGAGAGCAACAAUACCAAAGACGACAUUCGGAGCAAGACCAGGACAGCCUCGGAGUCCACCACUGGCGAAAACCAACACCUCUACCUUCAUACUCACGAAAGUUUGCCAACAACCCGAAUCUCGGGAUGAACGCAAUGUCUCCCAAUCCUUUCUUCAUCCCUUCAUAUCUGCGACAUUCUCGAUACAUGGCAAAGUUGGAAGCUGCCCACAAGGCCAGGGUGAAGAAAGAGCGUGAACAACCGGCUGGGGGUCCUUCCGCACUCAACUCAUUCUCUACGAGUGCUGGAAGUACAAGGUUAGCGCCAUCGCAUCGUGGCAUGACCUACGAUAUUAUCGAAAGCAACCCCCCCAAAGAAGAAGACGUUUUACCUUCGUUACCCUCCAGGUGGAGCGAGCAAGACAAAUAUCCGGGUUUGGAUGUGAUCGAUGGUCAAGACCUGAAAUACAGCGGGGCACCAAGCAAGGCCGACAUUGAAGCAGCGUCUGUCAGAACCGACCAUCCAAUGCCACCCGCAUGUGGGAUAUACUAUUUCGAGGUGGAGAUCAAACAGAAGACCAAGGACACGCCCAUCUCCAUUGGGUUUUCCACAAGUGAAGCGUCACUCGAGCGUUUACCAGGCUGGGAGACGAACUCCUGGGGAUAUCAUGGGGACGAUGGAAAAUUGUUCUUUGGAGACCACGCAGGCCGUAGCUAUGGCCCAAUCUUUGGCGCAGGCGAUGUCAUUGGGUGCGGAAUCAACUUCAACACCUGCCAGGCCUUCUUCACCAAGAAUGGACAGGACCUUGGUAUAUGUUUCCCCGAACUCAAGAAGGAUGUGAAAUUGUAUCCCUCGAUUGGCGUGAAAAAGCAACCCGGCGCGUUAUUGGCAGCCAAUUUCGGCCAGCGACCUUUUGUCUUUGACAUCGAGGACAGGGUGCUAUCUGAGCAGGUGAAAGUGUCAAGAGAGAUUGCAAAGGCCAAAGUUACAUCAUUACGACCGCAACGGGACGAAAACACCCUCAUCCAGGAGUUGGUGGCGCAGUUCCUCGCGCACGACGGCUAUGUUGAGACAGCAAAGGCGUUUGCAGAGGAAAUGAGAAGAGAAAAACAAUCAUUGAAUAAUGCUCUGCCUCCAACCACAUCGACGGCUCGCGAACGGGACGACACUGACGCGGUACACCGACAACGGAUACGGCGUGCAAUUUUCUCCGGAGACAUCGACCAAGCUCUCGAAAUCACUCACGCACAGUUUCCUGUUGUUCUAGCGGACAACCCGGACAUUGAGUUCCGACUGAAAUGCCGAAAAUGGAUCGAGCUCAUUGGCAAGUCGACGGAGCUCGAUACACCGACACACCCAAGCGGGCAUGAACGGAAGGCCAGUAACAGACUAGAAACAAAUUCUGGAGUGGAUGAUGAUUUCGCUCAAGAUAUGGAACUCGAUGAGCAGCCGAACGGGGACAGUCGUGCUAAUGGCGAGGGCAAGUCGCGGGCUGAUGACGGUGCCUUGCAACACGUUCAGCGCCUCAAUGAGGCGAUGUUGUACGGCCAAGAACUGCAUCGAGAAUUCCGGGACGAGGACGGGGACUGGGCGAAGGCAUUGCGGGAUAUUUCCAGCCUGGUGGCAUACAACGAUCCCAGAGGCAGCGUGAAUGGACAUCUGUUGGACCCUGCCGGCAGAGUUACUGUCGCAGAGGAGCUGAAUUCUGCCAUUCUAGUCUCCCUUGGACGUUCCCCUUCCGCUGCUUUGGAGACAGCGUGGAAGCAGACAGAAGCCCUGAUUGAUGUUCUCAGCGAAGAAGGGGGACCCGCUGCUUUUGUCAAUCUCCAAGCAACGUUCUCGUCUUGA